AUGACACAGAUGUCUGCUCCUCUCGCAGAAGACCAGAUGAAAGAAUGGAGCAGUGAGCAGAGCCGUCUGCGUGGCCUGGUGAUACAACACGACACAGAGCCGUGGCAGCAGGAUCCACAUUUCUCAGGACUGAAGCGAGUCGCUGGAGUCGACUUGUCCUUCAUCAAAGGGGAUGAUGCAAGUGCAUGUGCACAGCUGGUGGUUCUCAGCUACCCACAACUAGAGGUUUUGUACGAGGACAGUCAGAUGGUGGCUCUCACUGCUCCCUACAUCACGGGAUUCCUGGCUUUUAGAGAAACGCCAUUUCUACUGGAGGCUCUGAAGAGGCUGCAAGAAAACAAACCAGGGCUUAUGCCUCAGGUGGUGUUUGUGGAUGGGAAUGGUCUUCUCCAUUAUCGAGAGUUUGGUAUUGCCUGCCAUCUGGGCGUGUUGUCAGGGUUACCGUGUGUGGGCGUGGCCAAAAACUUGCUGAACGUGGAGGGCUUGGCCAAGAACGAGGAGCACCGAUCUAAGAUCGCUGCUCUGCAAAAAGGAGGAGACAGCUUCCCUCUCACAACCUCCUCGGGCAAAGUGCUUGGAAAGGCAUUACGCAGCUGGGAUAAGAGUUCCAAGCCCGUUUACGUUUCCAUCGGACAUAAGAUCAGCCUUGACACAGCGGUGAAGCUCACACACAGCUGCUGCCGCUAUAGAGUGCCCGAGCCAAUCAGACAGGCUGAUAUCCGCUCCAGAGAAUAUCUCCGUUCUCACUUUCCGCCUGCAGACACAUGA